GAUAUCACCACUGAGAGUGGAUUGCCCUUUUAAGAUGGGCUGUGGCUUGUCGCCCUUUUAAGAGAAGGCAGAACCCAGGACAGAGGAAGUGAUAGAAUGUAACAGGGAGGAAAGAAAGAAAGAAAGAGACACGGAGGGGAAGAUAAAGGAAGGAAGGGAGAGAGCAGACGGCCGAUAGAGGGGCAAGGAGGCUUUUACUUCCAAUACAGGGUGGGGCAGUAAGACUGUGCAGUGGAGGCUUCUUACUACUAUGUUGGAGUAGUCCAGGUAGGGUGUGGGGGGCCAAAGGGAAGAGAUCUAGAGUUGGAGGGGUGAGGAGUAAACAGGAAAGAUUACCAGAGGGAGGUGGGGGACUGGGAGGCAGGUGAGGGCAGCUGCUGGGGUAGGUGAGGGCAGCUCUGGGGUAGGUGGGGGCAGAAGGUGAGGGCACAUUCCUUCCUGCAGGAGGCACACACAGAGCGCACACCAUGAGUGAGACUCCCGUGGUCACGGCUCGCGCCAACGUAAUGGUCUACGACGAUGCCAAUAAGAAAUGGAUUGCUGCUGGGACCGGCGCUCAGGGACCCAGCCGUGUGCAGAUCUUCCACAACCCGACAUCACAGGCCUACCGUGUAGUAGGCAGAAAGAUGCAAGAUCAACAGGUGGUUAUAAACUGCCCCCUGGUAAGAGGGUUGAAGUACAAUCAGGCCACCCCUAACUUCCACCAGUGGAGGGAUUCCCGGCAGGUGUGGGGCUUGAACUUUGCCAGUAAAGAUGAGGCCAUGCAGUUUGCUGCAGGAAUAUUGCAGGCCUUGGAAGCGCUGGAGACAGGGUCCAGCAACUGGCCUCAGCAGAAUGGGCCCCGAGUGGAGGAGCCCGAGCAGCCCAGGAGGAUGCAGAUGGAACCGGAACAGAAAAUGCAGAGUCCAGUGGCUCCAGUGAUCCCAGCAGCUGGUCCGCCUGCCCCACCAGGACCACCUCCACCACCAGGGCCGCCACCACCGCCAGGAGGCCCACCUGCACCUCCGGCUCCCCCAGGGGCUGGUCCCCCAGGGGCUGGUCCCCCACCGGCUCCCCCUCUCCCAUCUGGAGGAGGCGGUGGUGGUGGUGGAGCAGGUGGAGGGCUUGCUGCGGCUCUUGCAGCAGCCAAACUAAGAAAGGUGUCAAAGGAUGAAGCAAGUAGCGGACCCUCGCCAGUUACCGGGGGCCCACCUAAGCCGGACAUCAGCCGCACCAGUGGGGGAGCAUCAGUAGGAGGAGGCGGCGGCGGCGGCGGACUGAUGGAGGAGAUGAAUGCAAAGCUGGCACGCAGGUUGAAGAUGACGCAGCAGAGCGAGCGUCCGGCCCCCACGGCCACGCAAGAUGACAAUGACAUUCAGGGAGGGAGGAAUCAAGGGGAACCCACCCGCCGUCCCUGGGACCGAGGAAGUACCACGUUACCAAGGAUGAAGUCCACUGUCAGCAGUACAGAGGUGGCCCCAAGUCCCGAGGACACGGACUCCAUGGAGAAAAUUAAACAGGAACUUCUGGAGGAAAUGAGGCGAGAGCUUCAAAAAGUGAAAGAGGAAAUUAUUGAAGCGUUCACACAGGAGCUACGCAGACGGGGCGCACCAUGAACUCGGCCGCCUUUCCCCCCCGGUAUCUCAGGCUCCACCAACAGUGCUCUACAGGGGCCCAGCGAUCAUUCCUCUGCUGUGCGGGGGUCCCCAAUUAGGAGAGGGUAGCAGCCCCCACCCUCUGUACACAGCCUCCGCUGCAAAUCUGAAUCCUGUACUAAUCACCGCAUCCCAUACUAAUUAUAUGACUCCAUGUACACACACAAUCUUAUUCUAAUCAAUGCUUUCCAGACAUUCAGUACUAAUCUCUCCGCCUGCCCUCCCCCCCCUCACACUCUGCAGUGUGGCUCUAAACGGGUUAGCAGAGGCUGAAAGCUUCGGCCAGCAGGAUUAUUUUUUAAGGGAUAAUUAACGGGUUUCUUUCUUUUUUAUUAGUUUUUUUUUUGUAUAAAAUUUACAUUGUAUCAGAUGUACUGCCACCCAGCUACAGCAUAGCUUCGCUCUUCGGGGGUGGAACCGGUGAAGGGUUAUAGUCUUGUAUUUUAUAUAUAGUUAGGAUCACACACUGGAUAAAGGGAGAACGGUUUGGGGUGUUUGACUGUCCUCCGCUGGUGCUACAACAAGCACAUGUAGCACAGAGAGGGACAGCCAAUGGGGUAAGUGCUUUUAAGUAUUCCAAGCCAUUAUAUAUAUAUAUGGGACUUUUUGUAUCCUGUUUUCUAGAAAUAAAAACAUUUGGCCUAUUGUAA